AUGUUGGCCCCCUUCCACCUAGCCAUCACUACUAUUGAGCUAGUCGAAAACACAGUGGAAGAUGUAUCAACAGGUUCUGACUCGGAUUACUCCAACUCGUGGGUCUCAUGGUUCCUGUCAUCCAAGGGGAACGAAUACUUUUGCGAGGUCGAAGAGGAUUACAUUCUAGAUCGAUUCAACCUCACCGGGUUGAACUCGGAAGUAUCCAACUACCAAUUAGCUCUCGAUUUCGUAACGGACAACCUUGAUGACGACAUUGACGAGGAACUGCGGCAGUCGGUCGAGGUAUCAGCCCGACUCUUAUAUGGCCUUAUCCAUGCAAGAUGGAUCGUCACCUCGCGCGGACUCUCGAAAAUGCUCGAAAAGUACAAAAAGGCCGAUUUUGGUCGCUGUCCUCGUGUCAUGUGCCAAUCCCAACCACUCCUGCCAUGCGGACUAACUGAUGUCCCCUAUGAGAAGGCUGUAAAGCUUUACUGUCCACGAUGCGAGGACCUCUACUCUCCCAAGUCUUCACGACACGGCAGCAUCGAUGGCGCAUAUUUUGGAACCACUUUCCCCCAUAUGCUACUCAUGGGCUACCCACACAUGAUUCCAUCCAAGGAAAAUCGUGACGGCCGACGUCGUGAAGGAGAAGAUGAUAAGGGUGUUCCCUCGGGGGUUGGUGUUGUGGAGCAAAGUACUGCUGCAGCAGCUCUCAAAGCAGAGCGUUAUCGACCAAAAAUAUUCGGGUUCGGGGUUCAUGAAAUUAGUAAAUGGAUGAGAUGGCAGGAAGCUGUUCGAGAUAGACAAAUUGCGCGCCUGGAGGAAAUCGAGAGUGUUUCUGGUCCAUCAUCUUGA